CUGUAAUGCGUCUUGAAUUCUAGGAGGCUGUUGUUCAGUGGCAGCCCGCUGGUUUCCGUGGCAACGGAAAAGCGCGGGAAUUACAGAUAAAUUUAAACUGCGACUGCGCGGCGUGAGCUCGCUGAGACUCUGAAUGGUGGACGGGGCGUGAGGUUUCUCAGAUAACUGGGCCCCUGGUCCCAAGAGGUCCUGACGCCUGUACGCUCUGCUCUGGGUAAAGUUUAUUGGAACAGAAAGAAAUGGAUUUAUCUGCUGUUCAUGUUGAAGAAGUACAAAAUGUCCUUAAUGCUAUGCAGAAAAUCUUAGAGUGUCCAAUCUGUCUGGAGUUGAUCAAGGAACCUGUCUCCACAAAGUGUGACCACAUAUUUUGCAAAUUUUGCAUGCUGAAACUUCUUAACCAGAAGAAAGGGCCUUCACAGUGUCCUUUGUGUAAGAAUGAUAUAACCAAAAGAAGCCUACAGGAAAGUACAAGAUUUAGUCAACUUGUUGAAGAACUAUUGAAAAUCAUUCACGCUUUUGAGCUUGACACGGGUUUGCAGUUUGCAAACAGUUAUAAUUUUGCCAAAAAGGAAAAUAACUCUCCUGAACAUCUAAAAGAUGAAUUUUCUAUCAUCCAAAGUAUGGGCUACAGAAAUCGUGCCAAAAGACUUCGACAGAGUGAACCCCAAAAUCCUACCUUGCAGGAAACCAAUCUCAGUGUCCAGCUCUCUAACCCUGGAAUUGUGAGAUCUCUGAGGACAAAGCAGUGGAUACAACCUCAAAAUAAGUCUGUCUACAUUGACUUGGGAUCUGAUUCUUCUGAAGAUACAAUUAAUAAGAAAACUUACUGCAGUGUGGGAGAUCAAGAAUUGUUACAAAUCACCCCUCAAGGAACCAGGGAUGAAACCAGUUUGGAUUCUGCAAAAAAGGCUCCUUGUGAGUUUUCUGAGAAGGAUAUAACAAAUACUGAACAUCAUCAAUCCAGUAGUAACAAUUUGAACACCACUGAGAAGCAUGCAACUGAGAGGCAUCCAGAAAAGUAUCAGAGUAGUUCUGUUUCAAACUUGCAUGUGGAGCCAUGUGGCACAAAUACUCAUGCCAGCUCAUUAUGGCAUGAGAACAGCAGUUUAUUACUCACUAAAGACAGACUGAAUGUAGAAAAGGCUGAAUUCUGUAAUAAAAGCAAACAGCCUGGCUUAGCAAGGAGCCAACAUAACAGAUGGGCUGAAAGUGAGGAAACGUGUAAUGAUAGGCAGACUCCCAGCACAGAGAAAAAGGUAGAUCUGGAUGCUGAUCCCCUGCAUGGGAGAAAAGAAUGGAAUGAGCAGAAACCUCCAUGCUCUGAGAAGCCUAGAGAUGAUACUGAAGAUGUUGCUUGGUUAACACUAAAUAGCAGCAUUCAGAAAGUUAAUGAGUGGUUUUCCAGAAGUGAUGAACUGUUAACUUCUGAUGACUCACAUGACGAGGGGUCUGAAUCAAAUGCCAAAGUAGCUGAAGCAUUGGAAGUUCUAAAUGAAGUAGAUGGAUAUUCUAGUUCUUCAGAAAAAAUAGACUUACUGGCCAGUGAUCCUCAUGAUGCUUUAAUAUGUAAAAGUGAAAGAGUUCAUUGCAAAUCAGUAGAGAGUAGUAUUGAAGAUAAAAUAUUUGGGAAAACCUAUCGGAGGAAGGCAAGCCUCCCGAAUUUGAGCCAUGUAACUGAAAAUCUAAUUAUAGGAGCAUUUGUUACUGAACCACAGAUAACACAAGAGCAUCCUCUCACAAAUAAAUUAAAGCGUAAAAGGAGAGUUACAUCAGGACUUCAUCCUGAGGAUUUUAUCAAGAAAGCAGAUUUGGCAGUUCAAAAGACUCCUGAAAAGAUAAAUCAGGGAACUAACCAAAUGGAGCGGAAUGAUCAAGUGAUGAAUAUUACUAACAGUGGCCAUGAGAAUAAAACAAAAGGUGAUUCUAUUCAGAAUGAGAACAAUCCUAACCCAGUAGAAUCACUGGAAAAAGAAUCUUUCAGAAGUAAAGCUGAACCUAUAAGCAGUAGUAUAAGCAAUAUGGAACUAGAAUUAAAUAUCCACAAUUCCAAAGCAUCUAAAAAGAAUAGGCUGAGGAGGAAGUCUUCUACCAGGCAUAUUCAUGAGCUUGAAUUAGUAGUCAGUAGAAAUCUAAGCCCACCUAAUUAUACUGAAGUACAAAUUGAUAGUUGUUCUAGCAGUGAAGAGCUAAAGAAAAAAAAUUACAACCAAAUGCCAGUCAGGCACAGCAGAAAGCUACAACUCAUGGAAGAUAAAGAACGUUCAACUGGAGCCAAAAAGAGUAGCAAGUCAAAUGAACAAAGUAAAAGACAUGCCAGUGAUACUUUCCCAGAACUGAGGUUAACAAACAUACCUGAUUCUUUUACUAACUGUUCAAAUACUAAUGAACUUAAAGAAUUUGUCAAUCCUAGCCUUCCAAGAGAAGAAAAAGAGAAACUAGAAACAGUUAAACUGUCUAAUGAUGCCAAAGACCCCAAUGAUCUCAUGUUAAGUGGAGAAAGUGUUUUGCAAAUUGAAAGAUCUGUAGAGAGUAGCAGUAUUUCAUUGGUACCUGGUACUGAUUAUGGCACUCAGGAAAGUAUCUCAUUACUGGAAGUUAGCACUCUAGGGAAGGCAAAAACAGAACCAAAUAAAUGUGUGAGUCAGUGUGCAGCAUUUGAAAACCCCAAGGAACUAAUUCAUGGUGGUUCUAAAGAUACUAGAAAUGGCACAGAAGGCUUUAAGUAUCCAUUGGGACCUGAAGUUAACUACAGUCAGGAAACAAGCAUAGAUAUGGAAGAAAGUGAACUUGAUACUCAAUAUUUGCAGAAUACAUUCAAGGUUUCAAAGCGCCAGUCAUUUGCUCUGUUUUCAAAUCCAGGAAAUCCAGAAAAGGAAUGUGCAACAUUCUCUGCCCACUCUGGACCCUUAAAGAAACAAAGUCCAAAGGUCACUCUUGAAUGUGAACAAAAGGAAGAAAAUCAAGGAGAGAAAGAGUCUAAUAGCGAGCCUGUAGAGACAGUUAACAUCACUGCAGGCUUUCCUAUGGUUUGUCAGAAAGAUAAGCCAGUUGAUUAUGCCAAAGGUAUUGAAGGAGGCUCUGGGCUUUGUCUAUCAUCUCAGUUCAGAGGCAAUGAAACUGGACUCAUUAUUCCAAAUAAACAUGGACUUUUACAAAACCCAUAUCAUAUACCACCACUUAUUCCCACCAGGUCAUUCGUUAAAACUAAAUAUAAGAAAAACCUGCUAGAGGAAAACUCUGAAGAACAUUCAAUGUCACCUGAAAGAGCAAUGGGAAACAAGAACAUCAUUCCAAGUACAGUGAGCACAAUUAGCCACAAUAACAGAGAAAAUGCUUUUAAAGAAACCAGCUCAAGCAGUAUUAAUGAAGUAGGUUCCAGUACUAAUGAAGUAGGCUCCAGUAUUAAUGAAGUAGGUUCCAGUGAUGAAAACAUUCAAGCAGAGAUAGGUAGAAACAGAAGGCCAAAAUUGAAUGCUAUGCUUAGAUUAGAGCUUUUGCAACCUGAGAUGUAUAAGCAAAGUCUUCCUAUAAGUAAUUGUAAACAUCCUGACACUAAAAAGCAAGAACAUGAAGUAGUUCAGACUGUUAAUACAGACCUCUCUCCAUGUCUGAUUUCAGAUAACGUAGAACAGCAUAUGGGAAGCAGUCAUACAUGUCAGGUUUGUUCUGAGACACCUGAGGACCUGUUAGAUGAUGGUGAAAUAAAGGAAGAUACUAGUUUUGCUGAAUAUGGCAUUAAGGAAACUUCUGCUGUUUUUAGCAAAAGUGUCCAGAGAGGAGAGCUCAGCAGGAGCCCUAGCCCUUUCACCCAUACGCAUUUGGCUCAGGUUUACCAAAGAGGGGCCAAGAAAUUAGAGUCCUCGGAAGAGAACUUAUCUAGUGAGGAAGAAGAGCUUCCCUGCUUCCAACACUUGUUAUUUGGUAAAGUAAGCAAUACACCUCAGUCUACCAGGCAUAGCACUGUUGCUAUUGAGUGCCUGUCUAAGAACACACAGGAGAAUUUAUUAUCAUUGAAGAGUAGCUUAAAUGACUGCAGUAACCAGGUAAUAUUGGCAAAGGCAUCCCAGGAACAUCACCUUAGUGAGGAAACAAAAUGUUCUGGUAGCUUGUUUUCUUCACAGUGCAGUGAACUGGAAGACUUGACUACAAAUACAAACACCCAGGAUCCUUUCUUGAUUGAUUCUUCCAAACAAAAGAGGCAUCAGUCUGAAAGCCAGGGAGUUGGUCUGAGUGACAAGGAAUUGGAUUCAGAUGAUGAAGAAAGGGGAAUAGACUUGGAAGAAGAUAAUCAAGAAGAGCAAAGUAUGGAUUCGAACUUAGGUGAAGCAGCAUUUGGGUAUGAGAGUGAAACAAGCAUCACUGAAGACUGCUCAGGGCUAUCCUCUCAGAGUGAUAUUUUAACCACUCAGCAGAGGGAUACCAUGCAAGACAAUCUGAUAAAGCUCCAGCAGGAAAUGGCUGAACUAGAAGCUGUGUUAGAACAGCAUGGGAGCCAGCCUUCUCACAGCUCCCCUUCCGUCAUAACUGUCUCUUCUGCCCCUGAGGACCUUCAAAAUCCAGAACAAAGCACAUCAGAAAAAGCAGUAUUAACUUCACAGAAAAGUAGUGAAUAUCCUAUAAGCCAGAAUCCAGAAGGCCUUUCUGCUGACAAGUUUGAGGAGUCUUCAGAUAGUUCUACCAAUAAAAAUAAAGAACCAGGAGUGGAAAGGUCAUCCCCUUCUAAAUGCCAGUCAUUAGAUGAUAGGUGGUGCGUGCACAGUUGCUCUGGGAGUCUUCAGAAUGGAAACUCCCCAUCUCAAGAGGAGCUCAUUAAGGUUGAUGUGGAGGAGCAACAACUGGAUAAGUCUGGGCCCCAUGAUUUGAUGGAACCAUCUUACUUGCCAAGGCAAGAUCUAGAGGGAACCCCUUACCUAGAAUCUGGAAUCAGCCUCUUCUCUGAUGACCCUGAAUCUGAUCCUUCUGAAGACAGAGCCCCAGAAUCAUCCCAUGCUGGCAGCAUACCAUCUUCAACCUCUACAUUGAAAGUACCCCAGUUUCAAGUUGCAGAAUCUGCCAAGAGUCUAGCUGCUGCUCAUACUACUAAUACUGCUGGGUGUAAUGCAAUGGAAGAAAAUGUGAGCAGGCAGAAGCCAGAACUGGCAGCUUCAACAGAAAGGGUCAAUAAAAGAAAGUCCAUGGUGGUGUCAGGCUUGACCCCAGAAGAAUUAGUGCCCAUGUACAAGUUUGCCAGACAACACCACAUCACUUUGACUAAUCAAAUUACUGAAGAGACUACUCAUGUUGUUAUGAAAACAGAUGCUGAGUUUGUGUGUGAACGGACACUGAAAUACUUUCUGGGAAUUGCAGGAGGAAAAUGGGUAGUUAGCUAUUUCUGGGUGACCCAGUCUAUUAAAGAAAGAAAAAUGCUGAAUGAGCAUGAUUUUGAAGUCAGAGGAGAUGUGGUCAAUGGAAGAAACCACCAAGGUCCAAGACGAGCAAGAGAAUCCCAGGGCAGAAAGAUCUUCAGGGGCCUGGAAAUAUGUUGCUAUGGGCCGUUUACCAAUAUGCCCACAGAUCAACUGGAGUGGAUGGUGCAGCUGUGUGGGGCUUCUGUGGUGAAGGAGCUUUCAUCAUUCACCCUUGGCACAGGUAUCCACGCAGUUGUGGUUGUGCAGCCAGAUGCCUGGACAGAGGACAACGGCUUACAUGCAAUUGGGCAGAUGUGUGAGGCGCCUGUGGUGACUCGAGAGUGGGUGUUGGACAGUGUAGCACUCUACCAGUGCCAGGAGCUGGACACCUACCUGAUACCCCAGAUCCCCCACAGCCACUACUGAUUACAGCCAGCCACAGGGUCUCCCUGUGUCGCCUAGGCUGGAGUGCAGUGACAUGAUUUCAGCUCACUGCAAUCUCCGCCUCCCAGGUUCAAGCGAUUCUCCUGCUUCAGCCUCCCAAGUAGCUGGGAUUACAGGUACCCGCCAUUACGCCCGGCUGAUUUUUGUAUUUUUAGUACAGACAGGUUUUCAUGAUGUUAGUCAGGCUGGUCUCGAACUCCUGACCUCAGGUGAUCCGCCCACCUUGGCCUCCCAAAGUGCUGGGAUUACAGGCGUGAGCCACUGCACCCGGCUGCCUUUUCAAGAAUAGUGAGUGAAGCAAAGAUGACUAAAACACAUUAAAUUUUCUAUAAUUGUCUCUAAGGUCUUCCAACAAAUACACACAACAUUUGUUUCAAGCUCUACAUAACCUUUCCCAGAAGUCAAGUUCAGUCCCUGGCCUCAUGAUACCUGGCCCAGGUUAAGAGUCCUAUCUGAUGAUGGAGUUAAUCCACGUUCCUCUGACCUCUGACUGGGAUGUCCUCCCACUUUUCCACCCCACAAUCUCUAGCCUUCUCUGGGCACAGCAGCACUUGGGAACUAGUUCCUGCACUGCCUUUAUCUCAUUUUACAAAACAAACUUCUACAAAGAAGCUGGAAAGGAAGGAGGAGAAAGGUUUAUCAGGCAGGCACAGGGAGGGGGCCUAGAGAAGAGCUCUGGCAGAUUAUCUCCCUCCUAAAAAAUGCAACCAGAAUCAUCAAAAAAGUAUCGCCUUAAAAACAUGCAGGAGAAAAAGAAAGGAAUCCGUGUUGGGGUGGUCAGAGUGGAAGGAGCCAGCUGCCCAGAAUGUGUCCUCUGAAGGCUGUGAGGAGCAGAUAAGGUCAGCCCCAGAGGGAGACGGCACAGAGAGUGGCAGGAUGAGGGGGAGCUGCAAUCUACCCAAAGAAGCCCUGGAGAAUGGGGCCUGCUGCCCAGGGAAUGUGGGGGCUUACUUAUCAAAGACUACUGGAAAAUGGCUGAGCUAGCAGCCCCCUCCACCAUACUUCAGUGAGGCCAAGUUCCCUUGAACAGCUUGUAACUCUGCCUGUAACAAGGAGAAAAUUAAACAAAUCUGGCCAAAUAAAAAAUGAAGGAAAACUAGAAACAGCUCCUGUGUUGAGCAGGUAUUGGGGAGGUGUAGCAGGAGCUGAUCCUGAAUGUCUGGAGGAUCAGGAAAAUGUAAGCAGUUAUUUAAGGGACUGGAAAUCAAGAUCUGGAGCGACUUCUCCCCAACUCUGGUGGCUGGGGAAUAUGAACUCUGGAGACGUGGUUUCAAGGACCCAAACUGAUAUGACAACUUAACAUUACAGUUCAGUGCAGAGGUUCUCAAAGCUUGAUCUCCUGGUGGGAGUGUGAGGGGGCAACAGCAUCAUCUAGAAAUUUGUUAUUUAUGUAAAUUCCCAGACCCACUGAAUCCCAAACUUAAGUGGGGCUAGCAACCUAUGAUUCUGCAACAGGCUCAAGCUUGAGAACCAAUGGCUUAGUGUAAGGGGCUGCUAAUUGGUAGAAAAUGUUACCUGUGGUCUAUUUUGUAAGGGCUUGUUCAGGAUAAAUAAGGUUUGCAGGCUGGUAAGUGGUUCUUAGCUACAAGGUUGCAACAGCUGGCUUCAGUUAACUUCAAAAAGGCUCUUUAAGCAAAGGCUUUAGUCCCCCCACUUAUCCAUGGUUUCGAUUUCAGUUGCCUAUGGUCACCAUGGUCCAAAUAUAUUAAAAAGAAAGUUCCAGAAACAAACCAGUCAUAUGUUUUAAAUUGUCCACCAUUUUGAAUAUCGUUUGACUUGUUCUAUUUUACUAUUAGUUAUUGUUAAUCUCUUACUGUGCCUAAUUUAUGAAUUAAAUUUUAUCAUGGGUAUGUAUGUAUGGGGUAAAACAUAGUUAUAUAUAGGGUUUGGUACUAUCCGAGGUUUCAGGCAUCCAUUUGUGGUCUUGGAACAUGUCCCCCACAGAUAAGAGGGGACUGCUGAACAAUGCAAAGGACAAAGAUUAAAUUAUAUUAGCAAUCUAGGAGCAGAAGGGCCAGAUUGCUUUUUUAAAAAACAGCUAAAGGUUUAGGAGGUUUUAUUAAUAUUUAAAUUGUAUUGAAACCACAGCUGCAGCCUUUGACUCCAGCAUAGAGACAUGCAAAUAUGGCUUUCAAGAGAAAGGCAAUUUCAGACAGCCCUCAAGGUAAUAAGAACAAAUAAAACAAAUGAUUUUGUAAUUUAUCUUUAUUGACUGAUAGUGCGCAAGGCACAGACAGCUCAUACCCUGUGAGAGUCAGCAGUAGCCGAGCUCUGUGAGGAGAGAAGAGAAAGCCAGCCUGGAGGGAGAGAGGCAGGCAGACCCAGAGACUGGUGACAGGAAAGACGCAGCGAGGACAAAACAGAGCAGGCAGGUGGGAGGAGAAGACAACUAAAUUAAAAGAGAAGGAAAAUGAAAACCCAGCCCUGGGUCCUGUCGACUGAUCUUGCCAGCUCUCAGCAGCAACAACGGUCACCAUUAAUGACUAUUUGCCACACUCCUACCAAGUGCCAGGCAGUAUUCCCCACAUAGAAAUGAGGAAAAUGAAGUUUUGAGAGGUCAAGCCACUUACGAAAGGUCACACAACAAAAGGAAAGGGCAGAGCCCAGAUUCAAACAAAGAUUUGUGUGGGGCUAAAGCCUGGUGCUCUUUCCAGUGCAUUAUGCUGAGAACCAGUCCUGGGAGGUGGUGAGUAACAAGGUUAAUGAUUGAGGGGACACUUUGUGCCCAGUUCUGUUGUGUUGUGUAUGGGCAUUCAUGUGUCUAUGUGUGCAUGUAUGUGUGUAGCUGUGGAAAAGAGGGUGAAAAACUCCAUUUCUGGCCUUCAGAUUGGUUACUAUUCAAUGGUCGAGGCAAGAAAAGAAAGCCAGAGAAGGCCAGGCGAAGUGGCUCACACCUGUAAUCCCACCACCUUGGGAAGCCAAGGUGGGCGGAUCACCUGAGGUGAGGAGUUCAAGACCCGUCUGGCCAGCUGGUAAAACCCCAUCUCUACUACAAAUACAAAAAUUAGCUGGGCGUGGUGGUGCGUGCCUGUAGUCCCAGCUACUUGGGAGGCUGAGGCAGGAGAAUAGCUUGAACUCGGGAGGCGGAGGUUGCAGUGAGCUGAGACUAUGCCACUGGACUCCAGUUUGGGUGACAGAGUGGGACUCCAUCACAAAAAAACAAAAAGCCAAAGAAAAUUUGCAGAAUUCUGGUACAAAAUUCUUUUGGGGGACUGUGUGGUAGGGCCAGGCUCUGCCUGUUGCGAGAGACUUCUGGUGGAGGCAUCUCAACUGGGCCUUGGGUCUUGGGUAAGAUUCAGCCAGAUGAAAAGAAAACCUGAAGAUUCCACAGGCCCAGGUAAGAGCCUCCAGCUAGAAUUGAAGGAAGGAGCACCGAUUGAGAGUCCUGAAAGAAUAAAUAUUUCUGACCCUUUGUCCCCACCCAGUCUCUCCAGACCUUCCAUCCCAAGCCCAAACCCAACCUCUCCAAUUCCUUAUCUGCUUUUCUUUUCAGGCACCCUGCCCAUCAAAUUUGGUAACCCAUAAAUUUUGCUCAUACUCUUAUGUUCUGCUAGGCAAGUCCUGAUCUGCCAUCUCCAUAGGCCCUAAUCCUGCCCACUCACCCAGGUUUUCUAGGCCAGAAUCUCUCCCCAUGUUCUCUUCUGGAGAAUACUCCAGAAGUUUUGCUUUAUUUGUGACACUCUAUUCAGUUGAAGUUAAUUGUGUGCAUAUUUUAUCCUCUUUAUUUGACUAGAAGGUCUUUAUAAUCCCUUAUGACCAUAAUUAUUUUGUCUUUGGUAUAACCCAGCUCUGUAACUAGCAGAUACUUUAUUAGGCACCCAAUGAGUUUUUCCUAAACGAAUGAAGUAAAGGAUGAAUGAAUGGACUCAGUACAUUGAAGGGCUUAUCCAACUACUGGUUCCACUCUUAAGAACUUUGGAAAACUAGCCAUGUUCUGGAAUACUAAUUCUCUUCAAUGCCUUUCACCCCUUUUUCUAUGAUCCAGAUUGAUUCCAAAAACAAUAUAAGGGAUCUAAGUGUCCAAGAAUGACUCCUAAACCCACGCCUAAGGAUUGUCUCUUUGGUUCUCUUUUUUUUAAAUUUUUUUUCGAGACGGGGUUUUGCUCUUGUUGCACAGGCUGUAGUGCAAUGGCGCAAUCUUGGCUCACUGCAAUCUCCACCUCCUGGGUUCAAGCGAUUUUCCUGCCUCAGCCUCCCGAGUAGCUGAGAUUACAAGCACCUGCUACCAUACCUGGCUAAUUUUUUUAUUUUUAGUAGAGACAGGGUUUCACCAUGUUGGCCAGGCUCUUCUCGACCUCCUGACCUCAGGUGAUUCACCCACCUCAGCCUCCCAAAGUGCUAGGAUUACAGGAAUAAGCCACCACACCCAGCCUCUUUGAUUCUCUUUUGCCUAUCAUGAAGACUACUGUUUUGUAAUUAAUCAGACCAACAUCCACCCACACAGAAUAACAUUUUCCCCUUUCCAUCAGCGAGCUUUUCUCCAUGCUGGCCACUCAAGGCAGACAGAGAGACUGCUGCCGCCAUCACUAGGGAAAUAAUUAUGGUGUUCAUGAUGAUUUCUUUGCAAGUACAAAGCACUAGCCCAGCCAUUAUCUCUCCCACUUCACUAGGACAAAGAUUGCUAACCCCACUUUAUAGGUGCUAAAACAGGUCCAGAGCCUUGUCAAAGGUCACUCAGUGAGCUGGUGGCAGACCUGGAAAUAAGUAGCCCAGGACCCCCUAUUUAUUAGGCCACAGAUGGAAAUGCCUUCAUUAUGUUUUCUAGGAUAUGUCUAGAAAAGAGUCAACUACCUGGACUCCAGGUGAAUAGAGGUAAGCACAGGGGAAGAUAAGAGAAAGUGUUUGACUAUAGAGUUUUUUUCUCUGCAGUGCUGCAGCAGUUGGCACUGGUUAAUUCCAGAGGGUGUGUGUGUGUGUGUGUGUGUGUGUGUGUGCAAAAUCGCAUGUCCUAGAUGAGGGAAGAGAGGGUGAAUCCAAGGUAAUACAGACACAGGUAAGCAGAUGUUGCCAUCUUCUCUUGAAAGUCAUCUCAAACCAAAUGGUAGUGUAUAUGAGCAGGAGAAACUCAGGAGGUUCUUCCCAGCUGUUAGGCUAUAUGACUCUGGAAUAAGCUAGUACAAAUUAGGUAGAAAGUCUUCCCUUGAUAAACCCUGUUCCUGGAGCUUGGCGGAGGGAGGUCUUUCCUGGAGGUAAAGGGCUGUGGGGCUGUCUCAGGGCCUUCUGCAGCUGUGAAAAUGAGAAAGCUGCUAACAGAUCAUCUCCAAGCCCACAGAAGCUCUGAAAGCUAUGGAAACCAAGAUCUGUACAGAAGCCACUUCUGGUUUCUAAUGCUUGAGAAAGAUGAAAAAAAAAAAAUCUCCAUGGAACUUCAAGAAUGUUCUGAGGCCAGGCAUGGUGGUUUAUGCCUGUAAUCCCAGCACUUUGGGAGGCCAAGGUGGGCAGAUCAUGUAAGCUCAGGAGUUCAAGACCAGCCUGGUCAACAUGGUGAAACUGUCUCUACUAAAAAUACAAAAUUAGCUGGACAUAGUGGUGUGUACCUGUUAACCCCAGCUACUCAAGAGGCUGAGACAGGAGAAUCACUUUAAUCUGGGAGGCAGAGGUUGCAGUGAGCUGAGAUCGCACCAUUGCACUCCAGCCCUGGCAACAAGAGCAAAACUCUGUCUCAAAGAAAAAAAAAAAAAUAGAAUGUUCUAUGAUGUGGCCAUAGGUCUGUGCUGGCUAGGGCAGUGAUGUCCCCUUCCCACCAAAGCCCAAGCCUUCUAGCACCAUCCUAAAGCGUGGGGAUCACCUCUUCACCUCAGGCCAGCUCUGGGCUGUUCCCAGCCUAUACACUAGCCUCCAUUAGUCUUCAACUCCGCUGAGGCCUCAGCAGCUUCCCAGUCCCACUGACGGCUGUGGGGCAUAGAAUGAGCAGGGGGCAUAAAACCUGAGUCCAGAGAGGUAGUGGUUGCACAACAUUGUGAAUGCACUAAAUGCCCCUGAACUGUACACUUUAAACUGGCUAAUUGUGUGUUAUGUGAAUUUCAGUCCAUUUAAAAAAAAAAAGGAGCCACCUAUGAGGGUGGGGAGAGGAGCCAGGCCAUGAGGAUUGGAACUCCUUACAGGGAGUGGCAGUGAACAAUGGGGAGGCCAGUCUGGGCCUCCCCAUUCCUCCUCCAGGACCAGAUGGGAACUGGGGCUAGGAAGAAAGGCCCAACUGGGGUGGCGCCACGCCGGGCUUUGGGCAGAAGAGAAGCACUCAGUGAAUGUGAGGAGGCUGCAGCCGUCAGCUCAUUUGCAUCAUAAGUGAUUGGUUUUCCCUGCUCGUCCCUCAUUAGGACACAAUGGACAGUUGUUUGCUGGCGCAGCAGAUCCAUUUACCAAGGCAGAGAGAAGACAGAGCACAAGUGACCAAUGGGUAAUAGUGUCGAAGGGUGGGCAGCCGCCUCCCCUCCCCUGUGCUCCCAGGCCACUGGGACUCUUGUUCUCACACAAUGAGAAGGGACCUUAGAAAAUCACCCCUUCACUUCACAGAAGCAGAGACUGAGGUGCUGAGAGGGGGUGAGACUUGCUGUGGGCAACAGGGAGAACAUGGUAAAACGAAGCGUUUUAGACUAACCUCUGGAUCCUUUUUCUUCUGAGACAAGGACUGGCUCUGUCACCCAGGUUGGAGUAGUACAGUGGCACAAUCUCAGCUCACUGCAACCUCUCCCAGGCUCAAGUGAUCCUCCCACCUCAGCCUUCUGUGGGCCACCACACCUGGUUAAUUUUUUGUAGAGACAAGGUCUCACUGUGUUGCCCAUGUUGGUCUCGAACUUGUGGGCUCAAGUGAUCUUCCAGCCUUGGCCUCCCAAAGUGCUAGUAUUACAGGUGUGAGCCACAGCACUGGUUCUCUUUUUUUUUUUUUUUUUUUUUUUUUGAGAUAGGGUUCUACUCUGUCACCCAGGCUGGAGUGCAGUGGUGUGAUCACUGCUCACUACAGCCUCGAACUCCUGGUUCAAGUGAUCCUCCCACCUCAGCCUCCUGAGUAACUAGGACUAUAAGCACAUGCCACCAUACUUAGCCAAUUUUUAUUUCUUUUCUUUUUUUUUUUUGAGAUGGAGUUUCGCUCUUGUUACCCAGGCUGGAAUGCAAUGGCGUGAUCUCGGCUCACCGCAACCUCCGCCUCCUGGGUUCAGGCAAUUCUUCCGCCUCAGCCUCCUGAGUAGCUGGGAUUACAGGCACGUGCCACUGUGCCCAGCUAAUUUUUUGUGUUUUUAGUAGAGAUGGGGUAUCACCAUGUUGACCAGGAUGGUCUCGAUCUCUUGACCUCAUGAUCCACCCGCCUCGGCCUCCCAAAGUGCUGGGAUUACAGGCAUGAGCCACUGCACCCAGCCUCUUUUUUCUAUUUAAAUUAUUUUGUAGAGACGGGGUUUUACCAUGUUGGUCAGGUUGGUCUCGAACUCCUGACCUUGUGGUCCACCCGCCUUGGCCUCUCAAAGUGCUGAGAUUAUAGGCGCCCAGCAUUCUUUUUGUUUGUUUGUUUGAGAUGGAGUUUCACUCUUGUUGCCCAGGCUAGAGUGCAAUUGCGAGAUCUCAGAUCACAUGGCAACCUGCACCUAACUCUACCUCCCAGGUUUAAGCUAUUCUCUUGCCUCAUCCUCCCUAGUAGCUGGAAUUACAGGCAUGUGCGCCACCACGUCAGCUAAUUUUGUAUUUUUAGUAGAGACGGGGUUUCUCUAUGUUGGUCAGGCUGGUCUAAAACUCCCAACCUGAGGUGAUCUGCCCGCCUCAGCCUCCCAAAGUGCUGGGAUUACAGGCUUGAGCCACCGCACCAGCCUCUUUUUUAUUUUUGUCUAUAAACGGUGUCUCCCUAUGUUGCCCAGGCUGGUCUCAAACUCCUGAGUUCAAGUGAUUCUCCCACCUCAGCCUCCAGAGUAGCUGAGAUUACAGGUAUGAGCCCGCACCGGACCUGGAUUCUAAACUGUCUUUGGAAGGCUUACUUUGGUCCCCACAAUACCUUUUCCAUGCCCCGAUUCCCAUGUUUGUGUGGUCUCUCUCCUGUCCCAGGGCCUUUGUUUCCAUCAUUCUGUCUCCUGUGUCUAUUUCUUUUUCUCUGUUUCUGUUCCCCUCUAUCUUUUCCUCUUGGUUUCCAGGCAGCUAGUAUAAUUACUAGACUUGUAAUUAAUCCCUGCCCUAACAAAGAUGGAUCUGGCAGGAGAGGCAGCAAUUUAGUAAGUGUCUUGGUUUGUUUUGGGGAUAGGUGGGGAGAGAAAAAUAUGUGUUGGGGCCUAUUAUAAACCAGGCACUAAGACACAUGACACAUUUCAUCCUUUCAAUCUUACAAGGUAGGUGAGGCUCAGAGAGGUUAAGUAACUUGUGCCAAGGGCACCCAGCUAGCAAAUUGGAAUUUCCUGACUCUGAAACCUCUGUUCUUCCAUCUCACACCCUGGUCUAACACAAGGUAAGGGGCUGGUUGAUUCCAGACUCAAGUGAGGCACAGCGUUGCUGAAGGAGGCCACUGUUUUGUUGCUCUCCUCUAGACAGUGGCUGCCUCCCCCCAGAACCCCCUCCUCUUCUGGGCCCCUUCUGCAGGUGUCGAAAUCUCACAAAUGCAAGCUUUCACCUCUGGGGAGAUGGGAAGGCAGUGAUCAAGAAAGAAACCUGACAAACCCAGACCAACCAUGGGGGUCUCCCUCCUGGUAACACCCCUCCCGGUGGUUCCCCGUCUGCCCCUCCCCUUUGUGGGUCAAGCCUGCCAGCGUCCGUGUUUGUUUCAUUGUGCUGUGGGGGAAGGGGAGAGUCAGGGGUGAGUGGGUGUCUGUGUGCAUGAACAUAAGGCCUCUGGGUUCAUUCUGACACUGAAUGAAAAUCUCACCAAUUAUUCGUCCAAUCUCAUUAAUAUGCAGACAGACAUCUGUUAUUUAGAAGUCACCAACAAAGGCAUUUUCUUGUGGGGAGGGGCACUAGUGUACAUGGCUCUCUUGUCUCGGCUGCUGGAGAGUAGCUGCUCCGGACCUGGAGCCUCCCCUCUCUCUGACCCUCACUCGCAGCCUUGAGGAGAGCAAGUAAAGGACUGACCAGAGGAGAGCAAGUAAGUGAUUGACCAGAGAUGGGUGGAGAUCCAGCAACCCAGCUGGAAGGAAGGACACUGGAGAGGAGCCCCCUUGUGUAGAAGAAACUAAGAACAAAACGCUAAACCCUUUCCUGGGGAAGAGAAUGCGGAUUGGGGGAGAGAGCUGUGGCAGGAUUGCCUGACCCACUGGGAAUCUCAGGGACAUGACCUUUCCCCCGCACCUUCCCAGCCUGCGAGACGAGUCUGAGUGCAUCUGAAGCAGGGAGAGGGUCACUAUGGCAACAUGAAGUCCUCACCCAGAGACUGCAGAAAAAGUAAUGAGAGGAGUUCAGAAAAAUGGAGACCAAGGGACCUCAGUCUUUGGAGGAGUCACUAAAGGCCCUCAGGCCCCAGGAUAGGUGUGGGAACAAGUCAUAACCACCUCCUGUUUCCUGUCUUCUGUCUUUCUCCAGCCUUCCAGUCCCAGCACAAAAUACCCCUCCAAGAAGCCUUUCCUGAUUCCCUCAGGCCCGGCUUACAAGCACUUAAGCCUUGGUGUGGUAGUUGUAAAGAACAAAGAUUGGCAUCAGCUCAGCAACACAAUGAGGUAGAUGUGGUGAUCAGAUCAGCCCCCCCCCUCCUUUUUUUUUUCCUGAGACGGAGUCUUGCUCCUUCACCCAGGCUGUAGUGCAGUGGGACGAUCUCAGUUCACAGCAUCCUCUUGCAUCUGGGUUCAAGCGAUUCCCCUGCCUGCCUCAGCCUCCUGAGUAGCUGGGGUUUCACCAUGUUGGCCAGGAUGGUCUCAAUCUGCUGACCUUGUGAUCUGCCCACCUCGGCCUCCCAAAGUGCUGGGAUUACAGGCAUGAGCCACCGUGCCCGGCUGAUCAGCCCCCUUUUCUAGGUGCAAAACAGGUUCAGAGAGGUGCCGGGCCUCACCAGAGGCUCCCCAGGGAAGAAGCAGUGGAGCUCAACCCAGGCUCUGGGACUUCUGCCUCCCAAUCUGAAGCUCUUCACAUGACUAUCCCUCCUGGGAGGGCCAGAGUCACAAUGGGAGGACCUUUGUCAGCUGAAGGGUUUCCGGGGUUCAACUGAGUCCUCUGUUCCCAUUUACCCUGUCCUCGCCACUCCUCCCUCCUAGACAGGCUGAUUGCCUAGGUUAAGAAGCACUAGCCUGGGUGCAGUGGCUCACAUCUGUAAUCCCAGAAUUUUGGGAGGCUGAGGUGUAUGGAUCACCUGAGGGCAGGAGUUCGAGACCAGCCUGGCCAAUAUGAUGAAACCCCGUCUCUACUAAAAAUACAAAAAUUAGGCCUGGCAUGCUGGCUCAUACCUGUAAUGCCAGCACUUUACGAGGCCAAGGCGGGCAGAUCACAAAGUCAAGAGAUGAAGACCAUCCUAGCUAACAACAUGGUGAAACUCUGUUUGUACUAAAAAUACAAAAAUUAGCUGGGCAAGGUGGCACAUGCCUAUAGUCCCAGCUACUCAGGAGGCUGAAGCAGGAGAAUGGCUUGAACCUGGGAGGCGGAAGUUGCAGUGAGCCAAGAUCAUGCCACUGCACUCCAGCCUGGUGACAGAGGGAGACUCCAUCUCAAAAGAAAAAUUAGCUGGGUGUGGUGGCAUGCGCCAGUAAUCCCAGCUACAUGAGAGGCUGAGGCAAGAGAAUGGCUUGAACCCGGGAGGUGGAGGUUAUGAUGAGCUGAGAUCACACCACUGUACUCCAGCCUGAAUGGCAGAGCGAGACUCUGUCUCAAAGUCUCAGAAAAACAAAAACAAACAAAAAAACAAACACUGGCAUCACAGUGUGAUUAGUUGUUUAUUUUAUUAAAUGAUUAACGAGGCUACAUUGUUUCCCAAACCAGUGUCUAAUUUGUGAGGGAAACAGCUGUGGAGAAGGAAGCUGGGUGACUCCUGCAUCUGUGGUAGGGGAGGGAGUAAGGUCCCCUCCCUCCAGCCUACAGAGGCCUUUGGGGAUCAGGAACAGUCCCAUUUCCUCCUCCCACCCACUGAGCUCCUCAGCCCAGAGCCCUCCUCCCCAGAAAUAAAACAUCUGGCAACUGAGACCUGCAGAACGGGACCAAAAAUCCAUUCCUGGUGGCAUUGAAUAUGUAUUAAACUUUGGGGGUUCCUCCAGCUGAUUGAUAUUUCUAAUUGUGUUGCUUUAGGGGGAUACUGAAAUGCAUUUGCAUUCCCUGAGCUCACAUGGCAGGAGAUGGAGGUUGGAGGAAAGGGUACACAAACUCUCCACUCUACGCUUUGGUGGUUGCGGGCUUGAACCUGCUAUGCACUGAGAAGCCCAAAGUGGAAAAGAGAAGCCACUCAGCUAAAAACUGCAAGUCGGUUUUUAUGGCAGGUCCUGGUACGGAAAGGGUCAGUCCUCAGAGACAGAUGGAGAUCCACCUCACUGGACCUGGAGCCCUGCCUGCUCCUGUACCUUUAGCCCAGGACUUGGGGUCCUUGAGUCAGUCCCUAACCAGGUCUCAGUUUGAAGGAGUGGUUAUCCAAGAGCACUUAAUUUCAAAUGUCACUGAAGUUUCCUAGACUCAGACUGGCUGAAAUGGACCAGUCCCAUAAGAGAGGUUGGGAUAGGGGUAUCUGAUGAGCCAGGGAGUGGUGGGUAGGGAUUUCCUUUUCUCUCAAGACUAGAACCUGGCAUAAGGGAAAGGAGAAGGUAUUUUUUUAUUUUUUACUUUUUAAUAUUUUUUUUUAAGAGACUGGGUCUCACUCUGACACUCAGGCUGGAAGACAAUGGCAUGAUCAUAGCUCACUGCAGCC